CAUCUUUUGAAAUUGGGUCCAGGUUCCCUCUGAAUCAGCCAUCCAAUCUAGCGUAAGGUUUGAAGCCGGCGAACAUGAUGAUGAGGGGAAAACAAGACAGAGCAGAAGAAGAAGAAGAAGAAGCAGAGGAGGGUUAUGCUUGGAGUGAGUUGCCCGGGGAGCUAUUGGCUCUAGUCAACCAAAGGUUGAUUAAAUUACGACACCGAAUCUGCUUUCGAGCAGUUUGUAAAAGAUGGAGGAAACAAUUGGCAGAGAUGCAGCCUAUAUUGUUCAAUCAAUCAUCUCUUUCGCCGUUGCUGAUGUUACCCUACUGCGGCAGCAGUAGCAAUUGCAGUGACUGCGAAGAUGCUGAUUGUGGUUGCGGCAUCCAGGAACAAGGCUUGCAAUGCCGUCUUUUCCUGGACAUGGCGGGCAACCGAUACCACCACAUUGAUUUUGUGGAAGGCUUCGAGAAAAUCUACUGUCGCGGAUCAGCAUUCGGAUGGCUGUUUAUGUUGCAGCACAUCCCUCUGUUACUAAACCCCCUCACUGGGAAGCAGAUCGCGCUCCCUCCCAUUUCAUCGUUUUCGGACAUGUUGGAGUAUAACCCGGAACGAGUUGGCCAUGAGUAUUUGGUCCAGUAUCCCAACGGCUGGAAAAUAGGAGCAGGCAAGAGAUAUUUGGAGUCCAUGUACAUGGAGAGGGUUGUAAUGUCAGCUGAUCCCGCUACUUCAAAGGAUGACUGCAUUAUCCUGGCCAUCCGGAAUAACAGUAAUACACGGUUAGCUUUCUGCAAGCCCGGAGCGGACAAAUGGACAUUGAUUCCCAAUCCCGAUGGCCACCCAUCGAUUUGCUUCAGGAACACUGUGUUCUGGAGGAACCAAUUCUAUGCUGUGGACACCAAGGGCAAGGUGCUGUGUUGUGAUCUAUCCAAUGAUGAUGCCCCCAGGAUGUCCUUUUUGGCUGCAGAUGUUGAUAUUGUCACUAAUACUUUCUACUUGCUCGUUGGUCCAGCAGAUGAGUUGAUGAUGGUUACCAGAUCCUAUGGCUAUGAAAGAAAUGAUAAUGCUGCUGCUGAUGAGGAGGAGGAUUUUGUCGAUGACGAUGAGGAUUAUGUCUAUAAUGAUGAUUAUGUCGAUGAUGAGAAUUACGUCGAUGAUGAUCAACACAGAGAAGUCGAUGAUCGUGAUGUGAGCGAUGAAGACAGACAACUUGAUCCGUUGGGUAUAGUUUACUUAACUGAUCUCGACUCAGAUGGUGAGGUGGAAAGCUUUGGAACUCAGAACUAUUGGACGACAGGUUUCAUGGUUUACAGGCUCAAUGAAGAUACACACCAAUGGGAGCAUGUCCGUGACAUUGGUGAUUUCGCCUUCUUCCUGGGUUUUAAUGCUCCUAUAUGUCGCUCUACCAAAGAUUAUCCGGGAUUCAAAUCGAAUUGCAUCUACUUUACAGAUGAUCAUUCAAGUGGACACAGAAGACGGAGGUUUGGAGGUCAUGAUAUGGGCAUUUACAAUCUUAGCAACGGUUCUGUUGAAUCCAUUCUCUCUUCGAACUUAUACAAACAUACUUUGAUUUGGCCUCCACCCGUAUGGAUUUUACCUUAAUUAUGAGUAGCUGAUUUAGAAACAUUGAAAGAAAUAAAACCCCCAACAUCUCAUUUACUGUUUCACUAGACUGCUUUUAUUAUUGUGCCUUUAGAGUUUAGACUCAUGUUUAUUGUCAAACGUCAGCUUAAUAGUGAAAGUAAGUCGUGAAUAUCGAUCUAUAGCGAAUAGACGGUAUAUAUAGCCCUGCUAGAUGGUGGCGUGGAGGGCAGAGUGGGGGUCAUUGUUCAAGUUAGGACAGUGAGAAGGGUACGGAGGUAGUUGAAGGUCAAUCAGUGCAAUGAACGAAUUGAAUGAUG